UUGUCUGGGCAGGAUCAGUGCUUCCCUGACUGGCCUGCUGUUAGCUAAAAUAGCCGCACUACAGAGGACAAGAGCUUGGUUAGUGAGCUGUUGGUUCCCUUCUCUUAGGAGAGUUACGGUAAGCGGGCUGUGUCAGAUCGGAUCCUCUAGCCACUGUCGGUUUAAAGUUUCAGCAGCUUUGGAAACACAAUGAUAUGAAUCAGUCUGCAGACCGGCUGUGGCUGCUCCUACCAUAGCGAACAACUAAGGGCAAGCACAUGAGAUGUGUGGGCUGGUUAUCCAGCUGUGGGACGGUGCGGCAAGUUUUUGUAAUUGUUGAUGAUGAAGAGAAUAAAUGCCAGAGGGGGAAUGCAUGGGUGUAUGGAUAUUAACUGAACAGUGCACACCCUUCCUUGGAAGAAGUUAGAACUUGCCACCCAAAGAUCUAUCAAUUUUUCACACUCCUUGUCUCCCCUGUGCCAAGCUGUGUGACUGGGCUGGGGCUGUGCAGUCUCUGUCAGCGGUCGGAUCCAUUCCAGCGAGUCCCAGGGGAGCACUAUUCCGCCUGGAGUCAGGGGGAGAAGAAUGGCAGAGCCUUCAUUGCUGGACCUGAGGGACAUUGAAGUAAAGAUGGGGCGCAAAGUUCCUGAAAGCCUGGCAAAGUCCCUGAGAGAGGAGCAUUACUGGGACUGGAGCAAGGAUGGGCGAGAUGGAUAUGCCGAGUACCCGGAGGUCCCUGGCUCCUUCCCACAGAGCAGCUCCUUGGAGAGGCUGGAAAGCAAGAUCCAGCUACUGAAACAGGAUAUGGUGUAUCUCCGAGCUACUGAUGUAAAACUGAUGAGACAACUGUUGAUUAUAAAUGAAAGUAUUGAGUCCAUCAAGUGGAUGAUGGAGGAGAAGGACAUUGUUACAAGCCAAGGUAGCAGCCUAAGUGGGAGCCUUUGCAGCUUAUUAGAAAGUAAUGACGCAUCAUUGCGAGGAAGCUGCAACAGUUUGCAGGACUGCAGCGAUGGAAUGGAUGAGAUGUCAGUCGGCAGUUACCUGGAUACUCUAGCAGAUAUUGUUCCAAGACAUUGCACACCCUCUGAUUUUGACCAGUACAGCGAUACCCAGGAGAAUGCUCUGAACCAUCAACCUAUUAGUAAUAAUUCAAGCAAUCAGUCUGAUGAAUACUAUUGUUUCAGAUAGGCUGCUAGUUUAUAAAUGUCCAUAUUGGAUCAUAAAUUCAGUUUUCUUCUCAUUUAAUUUUUGGGAGCACAUAAGGAACUACACUUAGGGGUAUAUUUAUCAUGCUGUGUAAAAAGUGGAGUAAAACAUUACUGGUGAUGUUGCUCUUAGCAGCCAAUCAGAUGCUUUGCUUUGGUUUUCUAACUGUUGAAAUCUAAUUGCUGAUUGUUUGCCAAGGGCAACAUCACCGGUAAUGCUUCACUCCACUUUUUACACAGCAUGAUAAAUAGGGAUAUAAUAAGCAGUAAAAUAACACAUUCCAUCAGUCAGCAUUGUUUGUGGGUAUGCCAGAUAUUUAGAGAUUACCAGUAUCAAUAAGUAGUUACCAAAUCUCCAUUAAACUUAUGACACUUGAGGCAUUUUGUCUCAGCAAUUAGUUGCACAAAGUCACUAAUCUUAGCCUGUGGAAAUAAUUAUUUCUAUACCUGUAUUGUAUUGACUAUUCUUUGUCCAGUUUUUGAAAUUAGCUAUUCUAACCCACAACAGUAUACUUGUGGCACCAACUUUCAAAUUACUAUAUGGGGUUUUUUAUUGGCUGUUUUAACACAUGUUGGCUUUAUCACUUCCUGUUUUGUGGUAUCACAAAAGGUUAAAUAUGUGACCUGCAAAUGAGGAAUGCACCAAGGAAUUUCUACUCACAUUUUACUACAUUUAAUUCAAGGACAAGUUCUUCAUUUUACAAGAUCUUUUCAGCAUGGUCAGUCCAGGAGUACUGUUAUUGAAAAUGUGCAUUUGAAAUAUUUAUUACUGUAAUAAUUUGUGUUUUUUUAGAAAAUUCUAUGUAUAAUAUAAUUACAUAUUUUUUAAAUAAAAUCAGGGAAAGUUGUUCUAUAUAACAAUAAAACUGCCACACUUUCAAAUACAA